CAACUUUCAACAGAGAUCUUCCAGCAUGUGAGGUUUAACAAAAGAUGGAAAUAAAUAGCUUCAACAAUAUUGUUGCCAUGAUAUUAUGGAUUUAUGGCAGACAUGCAUUAGGUUGAUUAGACAUGCUGCUUAGUUGACAUUCCAUUCAACAAAAAGUUAGUGAGAACCAACAAUAAUUCUGCCCUUUCUAGAAAUCCUGGAAGGGGUUAUACCAAACAGAGCAGGUCCUUCUCACUGAACUGCCCUUUUUGCAGAGCAUAACGUAUAAAGAUUGUGAUCUAAGUCGCUCAUGUCCGCUAGAGUGGUUAGCACCUGAUAUCUUUGCACGUGCUAGGACCAGGGAUUAAUCUGAGAUUCUUGCAGGUAACAGUUUUUCUUUUUAUUACUGUAGACCCAUUGGAGAGUGGUAGUAGUUUUCUAAGAGUUCCUCGUUUAUACUAGUAUAAGUCUAGGGUAUAUCUCAGCUCUACUCCUCUAAUCCCCAAACUCCAGUGCCUGAUGCAUGGUAUACUCUGACUGUGCAUGCGAAGAUCAGAGGAAUCAAAGAGGGCAGAGGCAGGAGGAGCUCUACUAGGCUGCGGAAAAAAGCUGGAGAGGGGGAGAUACAAAGGCAAAUCAAAGCUCAGGAAAGGAAAGGAGAAAUGUAUCUGCACUGCAUUGCAUUGCAUUACAUGGAGUAAAAGCAAAACCAACCAAAUCUCACAUACAACACCCAGCAAGCAGAACAAGUAAGUCCAACUGUACUCUGCUCAUCCUACGUGUGCCCCAUGUGGGCAGCAACAACAGCUCUUUCCCGUAUGUCUUUCUUACCCAACACUCCUCUCCUCCUCUUACCCUGGCCGUGCACUACACCCACCCUACAAAAGGGCUCUCGUUUUCUCCUAAACCCAGAGUAAAGACGAUGCCUGAUGAUCCAUCCAGAAGCAGCAGUGUAGUUUGAUCAGAUUGUACACCCAUAUAUGCCGGAGGAGCAGCAAACAACAAUGGAGGGGAAGGCGAGGAGACAUGCCAGCCCAGCAGGGAUGCGUACCAGGCCCGUCAGGGUGGAGCCGGAGCCUCCACCGACCAUGAAGCAUGAGGUAGGGACGACAAGGGUGGCAGUGGUGUACUACCUGUGCUGCAACCACCAGCUGGAGCAUCCACACUUCAUGGAGGUGCCCCUCGCCUCCCCGCAAGGUCUCUACCUACGAGAUGUGAUUAGCCGACUCGACACCCUGAGAGGGAAGGGCAUGGCAGCCAAGUAUUCCUGGUCCUGCAAAAGGAGAUACAAGAAUGGGUUUGUGUGGCACGAUCUGUCUGAGGGUGAUCUGCUUCUGCCCGCACAAGGCACCGAGUAUGUCCUCAAGGGUUCCGAGCUCCAACUCGACCAGUCAAAGUCACCGCUGUCACUAGUACCAGGCCAUCAGCAGAAUAGUAGUAUAAGCUAUGGAAAGGUUCAGCUCCACAAGGCAACUCGACAACAACAGUCACCUCUUUCCCGUCGAUUGAAUCAAGGGUGGCCUUCUAUGUCUCCGUGCCCUGAUCCUGCUGUUUCAAUCAUCAAAGAGGCAGUACCACCUUCCGCUGUUAUUGUUUCAGCCAUAGGAAAGGCAGCCGUCCAGCCAACAUUGCUGUCAUCACCAUCUGCUUCCACCAUCGGUUACGACGAGCGAUGCAGGAUGCCACAUUCAGGUUCCUCAAGCAACUCGUCCCCCAAGACAAGCACACUUUCCUCCGGUGCAAGCUCACCCGGCAUCAACAAUCCUGCGGUAGCGCACGACAUGGCCACACAAACAGAGGACAAAGCCAGAGGGAACAAUAAAACGCUCCAACAGAGACAAGAUGUAGCAGGCGUGACCCCGGAAAGGCCAGAAAUUGCUGUCGAGUCCCAUCCCAGGCAUCCACCUGCAGGAGAGCGCCCUUCCAGUAGGAGGAGUAGCACAUUGCAGUCGCUGAUAAGGGCAGAAGCGGCUGGCAGGAGGAGAGGUCUACUGGAGGAGGAUGAAAGGACUGCUACAACGGGCUCUGUCAGCGGCAGGCUGAAGCCAGCCAACUUGCUCAUGCGCCUCAUGGCCUGCGGACCGAACAGCCCUGGCUUCGGCCUUGUUCAGAAAUCAUACAAGCCGCAGUUCACGUGGCUUGAGUACCCGUCGGCGUCUCCAGAGCUGUCCCCUCUUGGUGUGCUGAAGCCUGGGACUAGUAGCACGUCCACUGCCAGAGCUUCAGAAACAGAGAACUGCAUUGGUAGCCUAGUUGGCGGUGUUGUAGGCAGGCUUGAAUGCUCUUCUUCGUCUCGCGGUCACCAGGAUGGAGUUUGCGAGGAAGCGCGCUUGUCGAAAGGGGACUUGGGUAGCCUGUGCAGGAGCACGAGCAAAAGGAUGGGCGAUCCGUCAUCAUCGGGCAGUGUGGUUCCAUGAUGAAAUGGAGAAGAUGGCCGAGAUGGAAGAAAGGCUUUCUUCAGGAGCUCGGGUCAUCAUCCACUAGUUAACUGCUCGAACAAAAUCAGUUGUUUCAGUGUCAAUGCAACGAUAUAGGGUGUUGUGUGAAGGAGAUAAUAAGUGACCAGAAAGUCUGUACUAGUAAUUUCUUCUCAGAACAAUAAUAAUGACAAUGUUUGUAGUACCAACUACUAACUUUGCUUUGGGAGGAAGUAACUAUCGUGCCUUACUGCAAGCUCUUGUAGUUAUUGCUAAUAAAGUGGAGUGGGAGAAGGG